GCGGCUGGCGAGAUGAUUCGUCUCAGAUGAAGGAUUUUCAGCGACUCGAUUUAGUGGUGGUGAUACAUGAAGCUAGGACGGUAGAUACUGAUGCACGACGAUGGUUAAGAGAUAUACCUCUGCGGAUUUUCACAUCGGUAACACCGGAAGUUGUGGAAGUAUACCAUUCGCAAUUCAACAAGACGCAAAAGUUUAUCUGCGUCAGUCAUUUUUUAUAUACUGCACAAAAUCUUUUGGCUCGCACGGUCAUGAGCGCCCACCUGAUAGACAGACUAAACAUUGAAAUCCAGUCGUUCGCAGGUAACACAGCCGUGUGUAGGUCCGAUGUAUCCCGUUACAUAAAUUACUACAUGAAAAAGUACGCGGAUACCAUUGACUGGAACGUUUUCCAAGAAGUUAGCAGCAAAGAGUCGAAGGAUGACCAUAUUCACUUCACGGGAUUCGAGAAAUUAGCGUCCGCUUCUGAAGCUCCCAUUCCAUUGGCUCACACUGAUCAGAGGCCACCGAAGGUCAAGCUCAAUGUUCUAGGAUGCUCUAGCAAGCCAGUGGGUGAUUCUUGCUCUUCUUUGGUCAAAUCGCGGGUUGAUGAAGAAACAGAGCCAGAAGCCACAGAGACUCAACUCUAUUGA